AMAAAUGUCCUUUUGUAGCAUCGGUUCAUCAUGGAAGACGAUAGCUCAACCGAUGAGAGUUUGCCCGGCCUUCAGACCCGGACUGCGGUCCGACCCGAUUUCAAAUAUCCUAAGAUUCGGGACAACCUGAAAGACGACAGCUCAACCGAGGAUAGUUUGCCCGGCCUUCAUAACCGGAGUGCAGUCCCACCSGAUUCGAGUUCCUCGGAGGACGAGAGUGAAAACGAAUGCUUGCACAACACCCAUUCGAGCCACGGGGCCUUUCCCCCCGGGAACAUUGGAUACGAGCAAAGUGAUCGUGGAUGGAUUUCCGRAAGAGCGACCGAGAGCGACUCUUACGGAAUCCCCGUCCUGAUUGAACCGGGAGACGAGGGGUGCUCCUCGGGGGAGGACGAAGCGAGCGRAUCUGCCUYUCCCGUGCCUAGGGCCGAAACCGUCCCGGCCCAGCAGAGCGCCGAGCAGAAGAAGCGGGAGAAAGCCAGGCGCAAAAGGGCCGCCCGGAAAGCAAGAGCCGCCGAGAGGMGGCGGGCCGGGGAGGAGGCCGCCGAACGGAGGAAGUGCGCCGAGCGGGAAGCGGCCAUCGCCAUUGCAUCGUGGUUCCGGUGCCGACUGGCAGAGCACCGGUUCCGGAGAACGCGUUCUGCCGUCGUUCGCCUCCAGGCCCUUUCGAGAGGAGUACUGACGCGUGCCACCCCAACCGGUGUCGGGAGGCGGGAACACCUGGAUGCGUUCCGGCGGUUCUACCGAGUAUGGGGGGAGUGCUCGAAGCUGCUCCUUGCCGAAUCGUCGUUGCUGCCAUUCUCGUCGGUGCCUUCCUCCUCCGGAUUCCGGAUCGAUUUCRGCACUCCCGACUGGGCAUCCCUACGGGACCAGCAGGCCUUUAUCCGCCAGCAAGAGUUGAUGUCGGACAGAGAGGACAAUGACAGCGAUAUCAACGACGAUGACCACGUUUCCAACAACAACAACAACAACAACAACAACAACAACAACUGUGUAGGACGAAAAGAAACCGACAGGGUCCUCACGAGUUCCAUGGAGGAUGCCAUGCGGGUUAUGGAGGAAAAUGCAGACGACGACCACGAUAUGGAGGAGGUCUUUUUGCCGCAAUUGCAACGAAGGAGCCGUACAAAUAACAGUGAUGAUGAUGAAAACAAAACCGAGCAACGUUUGCUCGGAAUCAAACGAAUCCAUCUAAGCGCAGAAGUUGUCAAGUGGCUAAAAAAGGGUGAUCCAAGAUAUGUUGGGUUUUUCAGAAAGCGAAUGAAACAGCUGUCAGGGGGAGAGCGAAGCCGGAUCUUGGCCAAGCGAUUGAUGGGAACCUCCUCGAAGAAGGUGCCCAUCUACGAGACCUACCUGGCACAAAAGUCUGGGUUCCGCAUUCUCUGGACCGAAAAGGACGAUUCCAUGCUGGUUUGGUACAUUGCAAAGCACCACAGGGUCUCGCGCCUCAUGAGGCUCAUCGACGACUCCAAAAAUCGGAGCGAACGGCAGCGGGUCUCCAUUCACAAUUGCAUCGAUGAGGUGAGCCGGACCGCGGACAAAUCCCACGACGGCAUCGAGGAAGACAGCAAUCAGCACCAACGCCAUGGCGGCGACAACGGUGAAAUCGUUCUCGAUCCACUCGGAAACGUUCCGCUGAAGAUCUACGACAUAGGCACCAGCGACGAGAUAGACAACAUUAAAAAAGAGGAUUGGACCCCCGCCUUGCACCUGACCGAUGAGGAACGAAGGGUUGUCGAAACAAAGGGCACCGUUCUGUUGCUGGGACGGUCUGGGACGGGGAAAACCGUGUGUAUCUGCAACCGCAUGGAAUACGAUCGGCAGCAACACGACCAGAACCACACAAUACCAAAGAACUCCAGCAGCACACAAAUCCAGCUAAGAGAUUCCUUUUCGCAGCUAUUCGUCGCAAGGUCUCCACGCCUCUGUGCAUAUGUCCGAAACAACCUUGGAGAAAGGAGCGGAAGCAAAUUCGUGACGUUUGAGACCCUUCUGRUAGAGUUGGAAGCAGUCCUUCCCCGCGUGGACGGCAUUCGCGAUUCCUUCCCAGACGAGCUCAUGAUGAAAUUCUCUGUUUUCAAACGGGAGUUCUACCACACUUURAAUUCCAACUCGAUAGAUCCACUAAUUACUUGGACCAAUAUCCGCUCUUUUCUCAAGGGUUCCAUCGAAGCCUUCCAGAGCACUAAAUAYUUCGUGUCAAAGAAAGAGUACUUGUCGGAAAMCAAUUUCGGGAAGAAGCGGUGCCGGCUCUCUACCGAAUCGAGACAGCGCGUGUAUGAUAUCUUUGGUAAGUACCAAGAUACGAUGGUCGAGACGGGUGCCUGGGACAAUUGCGAUAGAAUCGUGGCGUUGAUCCGGCGACUCAUUUUCGCCAAGACGUCCUACCCCGAGCUCUUCAAGGGGAAGGAAUCCUGGUGUCACUGGAGCAAGAUUUAUGUCGACGAGGUACAGGACUACACCCAGGUUGAAAUCCUUUUGUUCUUUCACCUGAGCGGAGCCGGGAAUCUCUUUCUGGCUGGGGAUCCAGCACAGAACGUCACAAAGGGCGUCGAGUUUCGCUUCGACGACGUUCGGUCCGUCGGCUACCACAUCGCGGGAGAGGUGGACCGACGGCGGAAGCUGAUCCCGCAGAAACCUAWGAUURUUAACGUCAAUUUUCGGAGCCAUGCUGGGAUCUUGAAUGCUGCUUCUGCAAUUCUGUCACGGCUCUUUGCUUUCUUCCCCGAUAGUGCCAAGCAGCUGGGAAAGGACGAAGGUUUGUUCAAGGGGCCCCGACCGGGCAUGCUUCACAAGGUGAAGCUGGAAACGAUGGCGGAUCUAGUGCACCAAAAUAUGAAGGGAGUGGUCGUUCUCACCCAUGAUGACGCUGUUCCGAAGGCCCGAGCCAAGCUCCAUGGGUACAAACUGGUGUACGGGAUCCAGAAGGCCAAGGGCCUCGAGUUCAAGAGCGUACUCGUCAUGGAUUUCUUUUCUUCACUCCCCAGCGAGCUACAAAAACCUUGGCGGUACGUUACGUUUCAUUUUGUGUUCAUAUGGUUGAAGUAAGCAAAUAGCUCGCUGCAGUUGACUGCCAAGUGUGUGUUCAUGUGGUUGUUUUCCCAUUUUCUUACUGAAGCGUUAUUUGGAUGCAACUACUCAUUCGUCAUGGAUCUUCGAUUGGUUUUUCAAUGCUCAUUAUCCAUCUAUCUCCUCCAUUGUAUCCUCGUCUUGAUUCCUGUUCAAUCCAUUAGUGAAUUGCUGCUGAACCGGGCUGAUUCCCAUACAUUUCAGAGCACGUAUCCCGAGGUAGAGGGGCACCUCAAAGUUUUGUACACGGCUGUGACUCGGUGUAUCGAUCGCCUUUUUUUCGCGGAGACCGAGGAUUCGGUAUCAGGGGACGCCUUUCUUAGGUUCAUGACCAGCACGGAAUCGGUACAGGAGCCUGGGCAGCCGAAAACAUUAUCAAUUGCCACCAGGAACAAAAUCGGGGACAUCGAAAACAUGGCCAUGACCGAAGACGAGGUACGCUGCCUGUUUUAAGAUCUACUCUCUUUUGUUUUCAAAACUAUUGUUGCGGGAGAAACUUUACUUAUGUGUGAAUUUUAUAUCUACUUUGUCGCGAAUGCCAAGCUUUCAUCUUGCUUACUUUCUGUACAUUGUUCUAUAUCAAAACUACAUAAAACAGUGGCUGGCCUCCGGGAUAACCAACGCCGAAGCUGCGGAAGCCGUAUUUGGUAGCGACCACGGCCACGCGUGCUCUCUCAUGGAGAAGGCUAUCUACUGCUUCCAACAARCCGACAAAGAGUCCUUUGCAAGGAAAGCCUCGAGUCAACUUGCAAGCUUCGAACUUCGUAACGAAAUCGCCACUUCCCGUAGUUUCGGAAGCAAUCCAGAUUCGUCUCUAGCUGCUUCGAAACUAUCUGAGAUCGAAAAGAACGCAGCGCUAGUCUCGGAAAAACUGUUGAAAGAAAACCUCCUCUCCGAAGCUAUUCGGCUGGGCAGAGACGUGCAACACACCAUCUUGCAAAGGAUGUAUCUUUCGUCUACGUUUUUUGAGAGAUACAUCUUGCAACAAUUGGAAGUGGAAAAGGAAGUACGACGAAUUAAACGAGUGGUGAAGUCAGCUCGCCUAGAUUAGGAAUAUAAAACAUGAUUUUCU